GUGGCGAGUGAAAGAAGAGGAGUUUAAGAAUGCAAGGAAAACAAGUCGCAGAGUAGGAUCCAGUGCUUCGUCAUUAUAUCCACUUGCUAAAAAUUCAUUGAAAGAAGGAAUAGCAGUCACUCUUAAGGAUGUUAAAUUUCAUAUGACUAACUUACUCUCUAAUGAGUUUAAGUUAUCAUACCCUAAUGCUCUUAAUACCUUUAAAGCAUCAGACCCAUGGCUUAAUCUUUUUAUGAAUCGGUUUAACCUUUCCCUUCGCAGACGCACAAAAACCUCCCAAAAACUUCCUAAAGACUUACAUGAAAAAGUUACCGAGUUUCAUAGUUUUAUUAAUGAAUUAAGAAUAAAUAAUAAUUUUGAACUUAACUGUAUUGCUAACAUGGAUGAAACUUCCGUUUACUUUGAUAUAGUUGGUGCUUAUACAAUUAAUGAUCGAGUUUUAGCGGAUGGAUCAAAGCUCUCUCUGAUGGUUAUUUUCAAAGGAAAAAGAUUAGAAGCAGUUUGGAAGCAAAGACCUGGUAGACAAAAUAAAAGAUCAUUAUUAGUAUUUGAUUUAUUCAAAGGACAUCUCACCAUGAUAGUUAAAGAUAAAUGCUAUGAUAUGAAUACCAUUUUAGGUGUUAUUCCUGGUGGACUUACAUCAGUUGUACAAUCUUUGGAUAAAGGAAAUAUGAAAAAACCAGAGCACAAUAUAAUGUGUCACUGGGUUAUGGAAGUAUGGAAUGAAAUUUCAACAGAAAUUAUUAUUAAGUCUUUUAAGAAAUGCGGUCUUUUUAAUACCUUAGAUAAUUCAAAAAACUAUUUAAUUGAAUUGGAUCAAAUUGAAGAAAAAGAAAACUGUAUUAUUGAUCUAGUAGAUGAAAACAAGGAAAAUGAAGAAAAUAUUGCAACAUCUAGUGUACCUUAUAUAAAUGCCGAAAGAAGUUAUUUAAUCAGAGAAAAUGAAACUGAGAUGAUGAGUGUUCUAUUGUGCUAG